GUAGUUAUUAAGGUUCAUUGUUUUGUUUCGUUGCCAUUGUAUGACUUAGACAAAGACGGCUAUGAACGUGAGAAAUACUCUCUUUUGGAUUCUAGUAGUCUUUCUUAAUCUCUCAGUCUCUCCUAUAGAUUGAAAUCCUAAUCUGUUUAGUGAGCUGACGAAGUUUGUCGUGCAAAUCAUGACAAAAAGUAGAAUGGUUGGUGCUUUGCGAGGUUGGCAAUUUCUAGGAUUUAUCAGCCAAUGGGAUGCACUUUGGGAAAAUGAGGACUCCUCCACUCCAACCUAUAAAUGCGUCUCGUUCUCAUCUCUUCCACCCCAAGCUCACAAACCUCCUGAACUCGACUCUAUUUCAUCAUAUUGUUUGUAUUUCUCUAUAUAGCAACCUGAAAACCAUCAUGGGUGUAUUCACUUUUACAAAUGAAUACAUGUCCACAAUUCCUCCUGCAAGAUUGUUCAAGGCCCUAGUUUUGGACUCACAUACCCUGAUUCCCAAACUCAUGCCUCAAGCUAUCAAGAGUAUUGACAUCAUCCAAGGCGAUGGAGGGGCUGGAACUAUUAAGCAGAUCAACUUCAUUGAAGGUAAUCAGCUUAGCAGCAUGAAGAAUCGAGUGGAUGAGCUGAACGAGGAGACGUUUACGUACAAGUAUACCAUGAUCGAUCUAAAGGACGAGUUUGAAUAUAUUGCUUACGAAGUCAAGUUUGAGCCAACACUGGAAGGCGGGAGCAAGAACAAGAUGAUGAGCACGUAUUACACAACGGGCGAUGUUACGCUCAAAGAAGAGGACAUUAAGGUAGGCAAAGAGAGAGCCUUGGGAAUGUACAAGGUCGCCGAAGCAUACCUCCUCCAAAACCCCGAUGCUUAUGCUUGAGACUUCAAAUGCUCUCUUGAAUAAAAUUCGAGAAGUCCCGUCAAUAAGAACUCGUGAUACUUUCGGUCUUCACGUAGAAGUACCCGAGUUCCUUUACUUCUAUACGGGUAUAAAUAUCCCUUAGAUUUGGAUGGCAAUAAAGAUAUGUACUUUUUAACUUAGUUGUGAGCGAUUCCUGUAAUUGCCCUUCAAGAAGAGCUAUUUGCAACGUUACU